AUGAGUCUAGAGAAUGCAGAAGGAUUGAUUUCGAAAACAGAAACGUCUACAGAAAAUCUUGAAUUAGCUACAAUCCCGCAAUCUAUCAGAAGCAGACGAAACAGAGCGCAUAGAUGGGAUUACAACACUAGAGGUGACAACACCGAUCAUCAAACCCACGAUCACGAUGAAGACAUAAAUGACGACGAGCACGAUCAGACAAAAGCGAUGGAUCGACCUAAGACUGAUUACUGGGUCGGUUAUUAUGAUUUUUUGAUAAACGAAGGAAGCUACAAAUUCUGGGCCGUCUUUCAGCUCGCGACUGCAGCUCUUUUGGUCUACAGUGCUUUCGCAGCUCUCUAUUAUGCCAAAGUGAAUCCACAGACCACGGACGAUUAUUUCGAUGAUAUAUUCCGCCGACGACGAAGAAGACGCCGCUCCCUUCCGCUCGAGGCCCGAGACAGACCCUUCGCCGGACUCGACACCGUCACGUUCCAAAGGAUAAUUGAGGCCGUCGAACGAGCACGUUGA